UAUUCACGCCCCCGUUUCUCGCUUCGCACUGAGACAGGAAUUGAGCCGAACGCCCGUGCUUCCAUGUCGUCUGACUUGUUUUAAGAGACUCAGUUGACAUUUACAAUUUUCUUCGCUGAAUUAACCUUUAAUUUGGAGUCGCUCUUUGUGGGAUCAAUAUUUUGUAAAGAUGGAUUGAAAGUGACAGAAUAAUGCAAGGAUGGACAGAGGUCGCCAGAUGUCAACACGGGGAACCAACUUUGGACCGUGUCCUCUGAUUUUCGUGCUUCUGGUCCUCCAGUCCCAUGCUUUGAUGAGGCUGGAGGCUGCUGCAGGGCCAUGGCUGAGCUCGACCUCAGAUACUACUCCCACCAACACCAGCCACGAGGUCACUUGUGACGAAGAUAAGUACCCUCACUCUGGGAAACAGUUCUGCUGUAACAAGUGCAUUCCAGGAUUUAAAUUGCUUCAGGAAUGCCAGGAACAUAAGCAGACCAAGUGCACAAAAUGCGAGAAUGGGACAUUCCAGCAAUCAGCAAACUACUAUCCAAACUGCAACAAAUGCAAUAAAUGCAAAGAGAAUGAAGAAGAAGUUAUCAAAUGCGACAGCAAGACGGACAGAGUCUGUAAAUGUAAGACACGUUACUACAAACAUAAACUUAAUGAACUAGACCACGAAUGUCGUCUCUGCAAGAAGUGCGGCUCUGGAGAGAGAGAAAAAUCGCCUUGUAAACCAGAGAACAACACAGUAUGCGAGUGUAAAUACAACCAUUAUCAAGUGAACUCCACAACCUGUAAACUUUGUAAGGAGUGUGGCACAGGAUGCUCCCACCUUUGUUCCACUGGUCCGACUACAACGGUUGUUGGUCCGAAGACUAAACAUCCUGACGAUCUAGUGUCCCUUCCACUUGUUCUGGUAGUUGUGGUUACUGCGGUGGUGACUGCAGUGUCAGUGAUUUUAUUUCUGGUGACCUCCAUGGUCAUCAAACGCAAAUUGAAGCUGGCGAAAAACUCUCCGGCUGGCUCAGAGUCUCCUGACCCUUGUGAAUUAGACACUUCCUCUGAGUCUCUUAUCUUCAGCACAGCUGAGAGCAACAUCAACAGUGACAAUGAGAGUGUUCCUAUUCCAACUGAAGUCCACAGUGAGAUGCAGAAUGCUUUACCUGACUGCGUACCACGAGAGAUCAAAAUCAACAAAUUCAUCUACUCAGUUCUGGAGGUGGUUCCUGUGGCUCGGGUCACAGAACUCGUCCGUCGUCUCGGCGUGAAAGAGCAGGACAUCGAAAGGGCGAGACGGGACAACGUCAUCUCCAUCUAUGAGGCCCAGUACCAGAUGCUGAAGCUGUGGAGCGACAGCGGGAUACGAGGCGGCGCCUCCACCCUCCCUCGGGCUCUACUGCAGGAGCUGCUGGACACCCUGAGAGAGAUGGGACUGGGAGGGUGCGGAGAGAGCCUGGAGAUCGAAUACGGCCUAGUGCAAGCAUGAUGAACACGCAUUCAUACAAAACAGAGGCACACACACAUGGAUGCAUGUGUGGAAACAUACACACACGGAGGCAUGUGUGCAAAAAUGUGUGCACACACACAUUCUCACACUAUCAAGUAGAGGGACACCAUACCCUAAUGUUCUCACAAACUGAAUCUCAUGGAACAUACACUCUGAGAUCUCAGCACCAAGCUUUUUGUAUUGGCUUUGGACAUAUAGUAGACUUGAGAGAAUUGUGUGUGUGUGUGUGUGUGUGUGUGUGUGUGUGUGUGUGUGUGUGUGUGUGUGUGUGUGUGUGUGUAUGGGGUGGGGUUGCCCUAUGUCUAUGGUAGCCCCUCUGUUAGUAAGCCAAUAGAUAGAAUGGAUAUUGUAGUCAAUAUACCCACCUGAAUCCCAAACUUCAAUUUUGAUAGCCACUGUUAAUAUUCAUUUGUAAGAAAAACCUUGUCAUAAAUAGCUACUUCCCUACUAAGCCUGGUGCUUAAAUUCUGUGUAAUACUGCAUAUCAAUUAUUGUUUGUGGUGAAUCUUUUGGUGUAUAAAUGUUUGUAGAUUCAUGUACAGUACAGUAGGACUGUAAGUAUAUAAGUAUAUCCUAACAUUAGUUUUAUUCUACUAACAUACCAAAGCAAAUACAAUAUUAUUUUGUCUUAUUGAGGGAACAGUAUAAAGUUCCUGAACGAUUUUCAGGCAAUCACAUACUGUACCUUUAAAAUUUUUGUUCUGUGUUCUUAAAUUAAUACAUUCCACACUAAUGUUUAUGUUCCUGAAUUCUAUUGUCACGGCGAUGCAUUUUUAUGUACUGCAUGUAUGUAUUUUCUAUCUAUUAUCCAACGUAUGAAUGAUCAAACUAUCAAGGGACAUGAUGAUCUAGUCCUGGCACCCUUACCAGAGUUUUGUGCAAUUACUGAGAUAUUACAACCUGCUUGUUAGAUACUCUUUGGACUUUUUGAUUUGAAGGGGUGAUCCUAGAUUCAUUUGUUAAAGAUUAGUUGUCCCUGUGAUGUUUUGUCCCUUGGACAAAAAUUGUAAGCAUUACAUGUCAAUCAUCUGUUUCUCAUAUAUAUACCCUAUAUAUUUUUUUUUCUUCUUCUUUUUUUUCUGACUAAUACCUCUAAGUCUAUUAUAAUGGUGCAUGGGAACACACUCUGUAAUGUCUCAGACAAUAACUGAGCCCAGUUUGUAGCCGGUUCUGAGCAGGGCCAGAACUGGGUUUGAUGUGUUGCGGAGUCAAAACUAUGCUGAAAGGGAUUGGAUCAGCCUCCCCUUUCUGGUUUUCAACCAAGAGUUUCCAGACUAUUGUCACAGAGAAAUAUUAGGCGGGAUGUAGAGAUUCAAUUCAAUUCAAUUCAAUUGUAUUUAUAUAUGGUGGUUGGGGAAUGAUCAGCCUUCACUGUCGUUCAGGAAUAUGAAUAGAAUGAUGAAUAGAGUGUGUAAAGUUGUUUAAGUUAUACUGCUAGUACUCCACCAAAGACUGUGAGUAUGUGGGAAACGAGUAUUUCAGCACUGGAUUGGAUAAUUGAAUCAAAAUGAGUGUGCUGUUUCAGUAGGCCAGGUGCAAUGUAGAAUUUUUGAUCAUUGUAUUAAAUAUUUUUUCAUGUCAUAUACGUUCCAUGCAGACCCAAGAACACAUCAGAGCAGUAUUCUAUUUUCAUAGUCAUAUUUUUUUAAGCAUCAAUAUUGUUUUAAAUCUGUACUUGUACCACAUAAAAUAAACGGCCUUAUUUAAAA